UCAAGUGCGUAGCGAUGGAGAGCCGGGGUUUGUGAGCUGCGGAGGCCUGGUAGCCCGGUGCACCUCACGUACCUGAAAGCACCUAGGGGCAUGUUCCCCGCCUGAGAUACCCGAGGCAGCUGUACAUCGAGAGCCAAGGAUGAAGAGGAGGGCAUCUGAAAGAGACGCCGGAGAAACCUCUGCAAGAUCAAAGGCUCUGUGCACCAGCAUAUCUGGAAGUAACGCUAAGCGGGCAGGACCAUUUAUUUUAGGUCCUCGUCUAGGAAACUCUCCAGUGCCAAGCAUUGUUCAGUGCUUGGCACGGAAAGAUGGCACAGACGAUUUCUACCAGCUCAAGAUUUUGAGCUUGGAGGAAAGAGGAGACAAGGCUGGUGAGACCCAGGAGGAGCGUCAGGGCAAGAUGUUGCUACACACAGAAUAUUCACUUCUUUCCCUGCUUCAUAAUCAGGAUGGUGUUGUGCAUCAUCAUGGCCUAUUCCAGGAUCGGACAUGUGAAAUUGUGGAGGAUCUGGAUUCCAACAAACUGGUGCGAAAGAUGCGAAAGCGGAUCUGUUUGGUGCUAGACUGCCUUUGUGCUCAUGACUUUAGUGACAAAACAGCUGAUCUAAUCAAUCUACAGCAUUAUGUCAUCAAAGAGAAGCGUCUAGGGGAACGGGAAACUGUUGUUAUCUUCUAUGAUGUAGUACGAGUUGUGGAAGCUCUACACAAGAAAAAUAUUGUACACAGAGACCUAAAACUGGGUAAUAUGGUGCUGAAUAAAAGAACCCAUAGAAUAACCAUCACCAAUUUCUGCCUUGGGAAACACUUGGUGAGUGAAGAUGAUCUUUUAAAGGAUCAGAGAGGAAGCCCAGCAUACAUCAGUCCUGAUGUUCUUAGUGCUUUGAGCAAGCUGGAAUCUACUCUGCAAUUACUACUGACCGAUACUCGGGCAGAGAAUCCCUCAGGGCUAACGUCAAGAUGGCGCCAACUCCCAGAAGAGCCAUCUCGCAGGGAUCUGUGCACAUCUCCUGAGAUACAUAGAGCAGGGUUGACGAGAUCACUGGAGCAGUGCGACCUUAACACUUACUCUCCCCACCACCUUCCGCAACCUCUACCAGCUUCAGAGAGGAGCUUGCAGACCUUUUCAGUCCCUUCUCCAGACACCGAUCCCGAAUCAAGAUGGAUGGUGAGGUCAGCACACAUUGCUUUUAACUCUGGGAUGGGGUUGAACGUUUUAUGCGGCUCGCAAAAUAUACUUGCCAGUGCGAACAGAGACCUGCAGGUUUACUCUGAAAAACCAUCUGCAUGCAUACCUGCGAACUUCGUCAACGAAAUGGCAGUGCAAUACCAGGUAAACAGGCAGCUUGCAGAGGAUGGGCAGCGGGACAUGGACUGGCAGGCAUUAUCUUAUCGCCAUCUCUGCAAGGUACCCCACCAUUGGAAAAAGUAUAAGAUUCGCUUGAAAUGUCACAUUUCUAUAUCAGUGUUGUUCUUAUUGAAAAUCCUUUUUUUUUUUUUCCUUGCUUUCAACAGGCAAUCUAUGUCCUUGCUGAGCGGUCCUUUACAAGUUGUUCCUGACAUUGAUCAUGUAACAAGUCCGGAGAAUUUGCAAGAGGCAAAAGUGACAGAAGAAUCUUCUCAGUAUGAGUUUGAGAACUACAUGCGACAACAGAUGCUUCUUGCAGAAGAAAAAAACACAAUCUAUGAAGCCAAAAACUUCUCGCACAAACGCCACUUUGGAAACUUUCCCCCAAUCAGAAGACUGGGGUAUGACGCUCAGCCUAUGAGCCCUUUGGACGCUCACAUCCUGGCACAGAGAUAUCUCUCCCCAUCACACCUAUCGCUCCCUAGUUCUCACUAACUCGUCGCUUUCUUGGGAUAAAUGUCUUCAGCCAGAUCACUCAGUGUGAGCGAAUCCUUUUCAUUUUGGAAUGGAUUUACACGGUGCUAAAAUUCUCCUCCUACUCCCUUUUACCCUUCAACGUUAACUUUGCACACAAAUGUGUAAUUAUCUCUUUAAAAAAAAAAAUAAUCAUUUUAUCCUAAAGCAAUACACUUCCAGCACAAGAAAAAUAAUGUAGCAUUUUAAAAUUUUCUGGAGGAAGCAUUAUCCAUAUUUUUUUUUUCUUUUUUUAAAUGUGCAAAGUGAACAUUUUUUAAUGACCUACGUUGGCUCUGAGCAGCAUUGCAGUAAUAUACUGCAGGGAGAACUGACAUUUUUGCAGUGCUAAAGCUUGAAGGUAUUUGUAAAGGUUUCAGAACAGGAUUUAAAAAAAAGAACUGCAUUGCUCUACCUGCUUCCAUACCUUCAUGCUACAGAAAAAUACAGCUUUUCACAUAUUUUUAAGGAAAAAAAAAAUCUAUAUAUAGACAUUAAAUCUACCUCUUUUCAUCAACUAGUUCCAUACAUAGGAGACAGAGCAUUAGAAGAAAUAUUAAAAUUGAUUAUAUGUCUUAUUUGAUAUAUUCUAAAAUGUCAUCUUCUAAAUAACAGGGUGACAAAGCUUAGAUAAUCUGUACAUAUAUAAAUAAAUAUAUAUAUAUAUAUAUCUAUCCUUAUAUAGAGGUAUAUAUUUGAUAUUGAAUAUCACUUUGGAUUGCAAUAUCCUAAUAGAAAGAAUAAGCUGUGUUAUAGCCAUCAAGCUUAUAACAACCCAUAUCCUUUCCCCCUGUUGUCUGACAUUAUUUUGCAUAUUUAUUAGACUAUUUUGUUGGUGUUUUAUACCUGACUUCUGUCUAUGCAGCACAUUUAGGUUUGAAUUGUUGCUGCAGUUUGAGUUAAGUGGAAUACAAUGUAUUUUGCAGAAGAAUUUCACCGCUGUGGCAUUUGCUUAACUAAACUGCACUAAAAAAAAGAAUGCUCUGUUGAGCUUUUGGAACCUAACUGUGCUAAGAAAAUUGGGGGCUGUUUGUGCACAAAACCUUUUUCUUCCUUGCUCUGGGCUCCAUAUUCAAUAAGCUGUGAAUUUGUUUAGUUUAAAUAGAUUUUUACUCCUGGUUAUUUGGCUGGAGCUCUUUCAUAGCACAAUGUAUUGACAAAGAGAACUGUUUCGUCAUUUUGUGUGAACCCUUUUCCCAUCGGUAACGCACAUUUACAUAUAGAUGUGUUUUGUGUGUAAUCAUAUAUUGCUUCAUAUGUGAAUAUUUACUUUUUGGGAUGUUCCCAGGUCCUCAUCUUCAUUUGUGGUCACAAGAUCACCAUUUAGUAAGCAGUAUUGUGAAUUCCCAAGUAAAGAAAAUAUAAAAUAUGGUACAUUGGGUAAAGGCAUAAAUAGCAAGGUAGUGCAUAAAGGUACAGUAACAUAAAAUUACAUUUUCAGGAUUUGGACCAUUGCUAUUAAAAACAAAAUACAUUAAAUAAAAAAAUCCAAUAUCCUUCUGUUAACAAAUUGGCUUUGUUCUAUUGGUAUACAUUGCUGUAGAGCAGAUAUUGGCAACUUCUUUGCCAUGAACCGCCUAGAGCCCUCUGCAGAAGAAAACCCCUCUGUAGGGUAGAACAGCAGACGGAAUGCACCCGGCAGCCCUAGCUAAAUCUGGCUCUGUGCCACAGGACAUUUUUAGGAAAUGUAUUAUUGUGCGUUUAAUAGCCUUGUAUGCAGCCAUUAAAGGGGCGAUAAAGUCAAAAAUUAACUUUCAAAAUUCAGAUAGAGCAUACAGUUUUAAACUUGCCAGUUUACUUCUAUUAUCACAUUUGCUUCAUUCUUUUGGUAUCCUUUGAAGAGUAAAUCUGAAUAGGCUCAUAUGAGCAAAUCUGAUAAUUGAAUUAAAUUGGAUUUUUUUUAAUUGCAUCCUCUAUCUAUAUCUUGUAAGUUUUUAAUCCUCACUUUACUUUCCCUUUAAGCAUUCUGCCAUUUAGUCACAUCGCUAAAUCACUACUGCGAACGUCAUUUUUUGCACCUCUAAAAAGUUCUCACCAUCUACUAUGUGUGUGCUUGAGCCUGAAUUCCAGGUGCAUUUACCCAUAGCUGAUCCUGGGCUGAACAGGCAAUGCGUCUGCUAUUUAGAAGUAGUAUGCCAAGUAGUUGCUAUUUAAAUCUAUGCCUAAUGUACUAUGCAUCCAUAUCACUUUGUCUAGCCAUGUCAUUGCUGCAUCUAUUGCGCUUGAUACCAACGUGAUUGCUGCAGUUUUGAACACAGUUUUAGACAGAAAGUGUCUUUUUAUAUGUUUGCUAUUUUGGGAAAGCCAGAUUUUAAAAAUGAAUAUUCUCAUGCACAAACUGCUGCUUAAAGGAACAAGCAAACCUUAAUAUUGUUAAAGCAUUAAAUGGGGACAUCCCAAGCUUGAACAUUUUUGCUAAGGGUAGUGUUUCAUCUUAUCGCGUGCGUUUAGCUGGCCAACACAGCUUACCAUAAUGUCUUUUUUUUCCCCCUUUCCCAGUUUUCAAAAGAUGGAUUUCCAAUGAAUCCGUUGCUGUACUACAUUCCUGAUAGGAGGAUACAUGUCCGCUGCUCUGCAUACAGCCUAGGUUCUAUGCAGAACAGCAGGAGCCCUUUCCAUUUAGCUUCUAGGGUGCGAGCCAGCACAGAGUACCCAACAAGGUGCAAAAGAAUCCUUUGCAAAGGGUUAAAAAAAAAGCUUUGGGAGGCAAAUGUUUUACUGUACAAUGUUUUUCAAAGGACAUUAAGGUUUCAUGAUUCAUAUAGAUCAUACAAUUUUAAACAACUUUCCUAUUUACUCAAUAUUAUCUCAUUUGCUUAAUUCUCUUAUCCUUUUUUGAAAGAGCAGCAAUGCACUACUAGGAGCUAGCUAUAAGCCAAUGACAGAGGCAUAUAAGUGAAACCUACCUAAUACAAAGAGGACAAAUUAUAUUAAAUAAAUUGGAAAGUUAAUAAAAAAUGCAUGCUCUAUCUGAAUCAUGAAAGAUAGAUACAUUUGGGGUUUCACGUCCCUUUAAGGAUGUGUAGCUGGGUUAAGGAUGUGUUUGUCCAACAUUCCUUAGUGAAGCCAAAAAUGCAAAUUCUGUAACCUACAAAUGCAUUUUGAAAAUCUAGUUUACAGAAAAGUCACCAUUUACAAUGCUAAUGUCUCGUUAAAGCAUUGCAAACAAUAUUAAGGUUUACUUUUCCUUGAACAUUUUGUGCCAUACCUGUUAGCAGCUGCUUUAACAUUGUUAAAGGGGCGACUGGGAAUUGACCACGUUUACCUUCUGACCCUGAUAGAUGGUAUCAUUGGACAUCCACUCUGUCAGGGAAGAACAGCGCACAAAUUGAGCCUACUUUAAUGCCUUUUCUUGCCACAUACUAAUCUUACUCUCAACAGUUCCAAUGCCUCAGAUUGUGCAAAGGAAGCCAGCUCCAGUCCUGAUUUUUGUCAUGCCAUAAACAUUAAGCUGAUUUGAGACGUCUGACAUUUCAAAUGGAAAGUUUUUUUGUUUUGUUUCCCCCCCCCCCCCCCCUCAAUGUAUGUAAUUUGUGUGUGUGUGUGUGUGUGUUUUUUUUAAUAUAUAUUCCUCUAGUUUCUAUGGAAGCUACUAAUGCUUUUUCUUGCAGCAAUAUGUGAAUACUAUUCUGGUUAUAAUUUUCAGUUGUAUGAUGCAUUUUCAGUAAAUCUUUCCUAGCCUUCCCCAAAUUUAAAUAUAAAAUUAGUCUGAAAUAAUAAAAACCCUGAUUACCAGCCACUGAUUGCAGGUGAAUACGUUUUAUUGGAGGAGGAAUAAUAAUAAUAAUGUGCAUUCUGACGAUAUUUUUACAAAGAGUAGAUUUUUUUUUUUUUUUUUUUUAAAGCCAUUUGUUUUUGUGUAUGCUGCUGAUUAGAAGUGUACAGCUUGCAGUACAUAAUUCAACUGUAAAAUCAGUAUGAUUCACUUCUUUUUCCCUUCAGGUGCAUAUGUUUAACUCUCUAGAGAAUAGGCCUAUCCUGUUCUAAAGCAUUAUGUGGUAGCAAUUUUAAAAGCAAUAACAUCUAAAGAAAGAGGUUAUUCUUUUUUUGUGUUGUGGUUAUUGUGAAAUACUUGCAUUAUUUAUUAAUGUAAAAAAAGUAUGUAAUUUGCUUAAUGCAUAGACUGCUACACAAUGGAUAUCAAAACAAACUUGUACUAAUAUACUAUAAUAUAUGUGACAUAAAACACAAAUUUCCCAUAAAAAGUAUGAGCAUAGUAUAAAAACUUUUUGAAAUUUAGAUGUUUAAUUUGCCCCUCUUUUUUCCUGUAAUUUAACUGUG